GAGUGAUGAAGGGAAGAUGAUGAAGAGACAAGCCCGUGGAAAUGAGGAAGAGGAGAGGAAGUGGACACACUGAGAUUUUCAGGAGUCACGGUCUCACUGAAGAGAGCGAGAGAGAGAGACAGACACACACACGCACACACACACACACACACAGACGACGACAGCAGCAGCAGCAGCAGCAGCGUUUGUCCUUCUUCCACUCAGUUGUGUGACCUGCUGACGGUCAGCGCGAGCGACGCGACGCACGAAGAAACUUGAGACAAACACACGGAGAGCCGACAAUCACAGGGUGUUCAUCCCUCUGUGGGCAACUGAAUGAGACGUUUCGCAAGAGGAGUGGGGGGAAAAAAAACAACAGGAAAAGGAAAAGCUUGGUGAGACAGAGGGAGAUAAAAGGCAGUUUGAAGACAAAAAAAAAAAAGGAGUGACUGACACCUGCUUUCCAGCUCAGUGUGAAGCGCAUAGAAUGGGCGAGUGAGAGGAGGGGUAUGGAAAGAGGAUAAACAGAGGAAAGAAUGAAGAUACCUGGAAAACAAGGCCUGCCUCACAGCAAUCCUCGCUUAAAUUAGGACAAAUCACCACAACACAAGAUGAUCACAAAACACCUGCUCCUGUUGGUUUCCCUCUGUCUGUGGGAGGGGCUUGCAGGGAGCGCCUCAGCCAGUAAGGUUGUGCGGAGGAGAGGAGUUGGCGUAUUGCACCUGGUAAAGCAGGGGGAAAGCACAGCAGCCAUCCAACGGGAUGCAAAUGUGGAUGCAAAUGCGCUGCCUGUGAUGACUCUCAGAAACCUGAUUAAUCAGCAGGCAGGUGACGCCGGAUCUUUUUCCUAUUCCAAAAUGUUGCAGACUCAUGCUGCUCCAUCUGGAGCCAACAAGGAGAAGCAAGCUUUCAAGCCCAAGCGUGAGGUCGACUCUGUUUUUAAAAAGGAAGUGACUGCGCACACAUUAUCUGGUGACAAGGAGUUGAACCAGGAUGUGAAGAAAGUUAAGAACAACACCAAGAAUGCAGAGGCUGCUAAAACAGGGAGGACAGACAAAACCUUCACAAUCCACCACAAACCAGAUUUGCACUCCAACAAAACCAAGUUUAAAUCAGGUUCUAGAUCCAGGAGCAGACCUGAUUUGAGCGUUUACACGACAGGUGUUCCAGGGAAAGGCUUCAGCAUAGACUCCAACAGGAAGCUGAACCUCACUGGCAGUUAUGGGGUUUUGAAGCUGCUGUCGAAAGAGAACCUGGUGAGGAUCGUUAAUUCCCAAAUGCAGAGCGUUCCCAGUCUGAGCUUCCCGAGCAAGGGCAGCCGGAGCAGGAAGAGAGAUUUGAUUGACGUUAAUCACAGACAGUUAGAGAGUCAGAAAAUGCUGAGACAAGAUAUGGUUGUCACGCAGCCUCACACGGGAUUUGAUAAUCAAACUGCAUUUCCUUAUGUAAGCCCAGUCACCCCUUCAGAUCUCAAUCGAGACCGUGGUGCUAACUCUCCUAUUAUUCCGCUAAUUGAAGUCAAGCCGGCGUUUAGUCAAGAGCAAGUCAACUUGGGAAUAGAGGAUUCAGAUAAUGGUGAUAGCAAGAGCGAACACGUCGUCCAUAUGCUGUCAACAACACCUCGCGGGGAGGUCAGUCUUAGCCCCGAGAAAGAAGCAACAAUCAGCCAAACGGAACCACCGUUUACGUCGACAAAACAUCUCCCGCUGUAUGUUCCCUCUGAAAUGAACAAUUCCCCUCCGUCUGUGCUGACAGCGCAGCACCCAAGAUUAAUACUGGGGAACAGGGCAGCAGAUUCCCAUAGAGACCCAUUAACAGAGUCAGUUCACACUGCUCAAACAGAACUCAGCACAGCUCAGUACUCCGAAGAUGAAGACAACACACUUGUCAACAGCAGUCAUGUCCUGAGGCUCCAUCCGGCUAACGAAUGGAGCCGCGAUGCAAAAACUGCCGGCCUGCGUGCCGUGGAUCCAGAAAACGGGCAAGGACUUGUGUUUGAGGAGGCAGAGUCGGAGGUAAAAGAGGAGGAGGAGCGUGACCACAUGGAGGGGAAGGGGCCACGCUCUCGCAGCAGAAGGAGCUGGAUUUGGAACCAGUUCUUUGUGAUUGAAGAAUACGCCGGGCCUGAACCUGUACUCAUCGGACGGCUCCACACGGACAUGGACAGGAAUGAUGGACGCACAAAGUAUGUCCUGCGAGGUGAGGGGGCGGGCUCGGUCUUUGUGAUAGAUGAGAAGACGGGGAACAUCCACGUCACCAAGCCACUGGACCGUGAAGAGAAGGACGAGUACCGUCUCGUUGCCACGGCCACAGACAGGCAGACCGACCGUGCCCUGGAGCCGUCGUCACAGUUUAUAAUUCGGGUACAGGACAUCAAUGACAACCCGCCUGUCUUUGAUGAAGGCCCCUACAGUGCCAUGGUGCCUGAGAUGGCAAAUAUAGGUACGUCUAUAAUCCAGGUGACAGCCACAGAUGCUGAUGACCCAACCUAUGGGAACAGUGCCAAGCUAGUGUACACACUGGUACAGGGACAACAGUACUUCUCUGUUGAUCCUCAAACAGGUAUUCUGCGUACUGCUGUGCCCGACAUGGACAGGGAGACCCAGGACCAGUACCUGGUGCUGCUUCAGGCCAAAGACAUGGGCGGCCACCUGGGUGGAUUAUCUGGGACUACCACUGUUACUGUCAAGCUCACUGAUGUCAAUGACAACCCACCACGCUUCACCCAAAGUAUGUGGUCCUUCUCGGUUUCCGAGCUGGCCAUCCCGGGUGCCGAGAUAGGGCGUAUUUCAGCUACUGACGCCGACCUCGGCGAGAACGCCAAGCUGGAAUAUACCAUCCUAGAAGGGGAGACAGGGGACACGUUUAACAUCACAGGAGUGAACCAAGAGGCUGUCAUCAUUCUUAAUAAGGCCGUGGACUAUGAGAGUCGGAGCUCGUACUCGUUCUCCGUGGAAGUCCUCAACCCCAUAGUGGACCCUCGCUUCCUGCGCCGAGGCCCAUUCAAGGAUCGAGCCUCCAUCAGAGUCGCGGUGCUGGACGCGGACGAGCCACCGAGGUUCUCCCGGGCGCGAUAUCACAUGGACGUGUCCGAGAACUGCCCGCCAGCGUGCACUGUGGGCCGGGUCAGUGCUGUUGACCCCGAUACUGGUCUGACCAAUAAUAUCAGGUUUUCUAUUGAUCCUCAGUCGGACCCAGAGGCUCUGUUCCGUAUCACGCCGGACACGGGCCUCAUCACCACCGCCAUGGAGCUGGACCGAGAACGCGAGCACUGGCACAACAUUACUGUCAUCGCAACACAGAGAGACAAUCCCAGCCAAGUGUCCAGAGUUCUGGUUGCAGUAGAGACGUUAGACCUGAAUGACAACGCACCUGAGCUGGACAGGCAGUACACAACAGCCAUGUGCGACUCGUCUUCCGUGGGUCAGGUGGUGCAGGUGUUGCGGGCGAUUGAUAGAGAUGAGGGAGGGAAUGACAGCACGGUGUAUUUCAGCAUCCCUCCAGAGUCCAGCGCUGCUCUCAACUUCAGCGUCAGGGACAGUGGUGGCCCUACAGCCAGCCUGGUGCUCCUGUCCCAAAUACAGCCACUGUCCCGCUCCCCAUCCUCCACCCUGACGCUCUUCGUGCCCCUUGUCCUGAGGGACGGGACAUCAGGCCUCACUAGCACCGGGACGGUCACGGUGUCCGUCUGUCCCUGCCUGAGAGGAGGGGCACAGACCGGGGAGAAAGAGAAGAACAAACAGAUGGAGGGAGAGUGGGACUCGGACACAGAGGCAGUGUGUCUCCCUCAGCACUCCACACUGCCGUCCCCUGGUCUCAGUACUGCCGCCCUGUUGGCUAUCCUGGCCUGUGUUGCUACACUCCUAGCGGUGAGUGCCCUGUCAUUGUCACUGCGCCGUCAGAAGCGCGACUCCCUGUCACCGCUGGAGGAGGACGACGUACGCGAGAACAUCAUAACGUACGACGACGAGGGCGGGGGAGAGGCUGACACGGCUGCCUUUGACAUUGCAGCGCUGCAGAGUGCGCCGCACAGCUCACACUCACGUGGCUACCGCACGCUGGACAGCAGGAAUGUUCGUUACACACAACGUACCCAUGAAAAAGCUCGCACCUACAGCUGGGCUCAGAAUCCGGGUGUGGAUCACAACUACUCAGGACCAGGAGGCGGAGCCCUCUAUGGCCGACUCUGUUACAGCAGCCACACUUUACCUGUUCUCCGGCGCACUCCAGGGGGAACAUUUGAACCCGGCCUAGCAGAGCUCGGGUACCGCUAUCCUGGAGGCCAACCUGACCACUCACUGGUCAUCCAGAACCAGGGGGCCAUGGUACGGCCCAUGGAGUCAGGGGCAGUUUACAUAGCCCCCAACGACCUCAGCACGGGAAGCCGAAUGGGGAGUUGCGCGGGAAGUCGAGACGGGACUGCAGUGAGCACGUCAGAUGGAGGAACGCCGAGGACCAGUGACAGCCAGGAGAGAGGAGGGGGCACAAGAACUGCAAGUAACUGCACAGAGGGGAGCAAUGAGGACAACGUGAACCACAGUCAAGAUGUUGAUUGGCGCCGAACUGAACCCACUCAUGCCCACCUACGUUCCCACCAGGUGCAGUCGGAGACUUUACCCAGGGAGCACACCCAUCUCGUCAUGACCCGUUCCGGCUCCAUGAUUGGCCAGGGUCACAGCGCAGGAUGCUGGGGGAACGACUCAGCCACGCUCCCCCUGGCAGGACGCAGGGCGUCUUGUACUGGUUCAGCCCCAAAAGGCACAAGCUCUGGCCAGGCUGAGUCUGACUCCAGUGCAGGAGGUGGAGGUGAACGAGGAGGAGGAGGGUGUGGAGGUGGAAAUGGAAGUGGGGGUACAUCCACAGAUGGACAACACCAACCUGGCAAUGGACGCAACUACACCACAGGCCUGCAGGGGGACAUGUCUGGACAGAGGGACUUUGCUAGCAGCUUGGGGAGACGAGGACUGGAGAUAGGGAGCAACUUUGUGGUGGCACGGCCAGACAGGGAGGGUGGAGGGAUAUCACUGACCGGGACUCCACCUGUCUACACAGAUGCACCUGGCUUUAUUGGGAACUGGCGUGAUGGGAUGGGUCUGGGAGGGUAUGUCUUGGGUAGGAGAGAUAUGACCCCGCAGCUUUUGCCCUUUCCUGGGCAACCUAGAGGAGUGUAUGGUGGAGUGAUGGGUUUUGGUGGUGGUUGGGUUCCAGGGAUGGAGGCAGCCAGAGGUUCACCUGGGCCUGGGGGUCCCUCCUUGGCACUGAGGGUGGGUGAGUUCCUACGUCUGCGUCUCGCCCAGGUCACUUUCGAUCCCUCACAGCCACCAUAUGACUCUGUGCAAGUGUACGGCCUUGAGGGAACAGGUUCCAGAGCCGGAUCCCUCAGCUCACUGGAGAGCGAAGGCGAGAAAGAGGCAGAGAAAGAGGAUUGGGGCGCGGGGAUGGACGAGUGGGGUCCACAAUUCCAGAAAUUAGCCCAACUCUUCAUAGAAAGAGAGAAAGAGAAGGAAGACAAGGAUCAAGCUGAAGACGGGGCCAAAAAAGAGAAUGGAAUGAAGGGGGAUUCAGAAAGGAGAGAGAGAGGGGAGCAGACUGGAGAUGAGGGGAAAGACUGAGGAAAGAUGAAAAUGAAACAAAUAGGGCAAAGGGAGUACGGGAGGAAGGGAGGGAAAAGGAGGAUGAUGAAAAGGCAACCAGAGCUAGAAUAAUGUGAAGAGAAGUUAAAGGGGAGAAAGAUGAAGAGGCAAAGUAAUAAAAAGAGACGGAGAAAAAUGAGCUGAGGGAGGAUGGAGAAUGCAAGGGCAGGGUAGGGAGUGAUUGAUGUAAUUUAAAGCAAUAAGUGUUGAAACGCUGAUAUGGUUGAGCACAGAUACUGAGACAAUGCAGAGGCUGCUUUUGCUGGAGGGCAGCAACAAUUUGUUAAAUGCUUUGGACAAAGAAAAACAGCCCAAACAUCCAAGACUCGAUUUAAUUCAACUCUAACGUAUUGGAAUGAGAAACAGCAGGAAACAAGGAAGGAGGCGUUCCUCGUCUCAUGUCAGUGUGUGUGUGUGUGUGUGUGUGUGUGUGUGUGUGUGUGUGAUUGAACUCUGUGAAGACAAAUACGGUGGCGCAAGCAAAGAGUGCGUUGAGUUGUGUGUUGAUUAGUGUUUGAGUGUGAACUUGUGCAUAUUUUAACAAAGACGUGGGAACAGUGGCAGGAACAGACUCUGGAUAUAAAUCCAGAGACACUUUAAUGAACGAUGACACCAGAGCCCCAGCAUUAGUUUUCAGAGACAAUGUGAAAGAGUAAACAUUUAACAAGGAACGUUAGGAAACUGAGAAAACAAUGAAAUCUAUAUUUGAGUAUAAAAUUAAUGGAAUGGGAAAUGGGAUAAAUAUACAUAGAGAGAGAGAGAGAGAGAGGGCUGCGGAAAGUGAGACAAUGUACAGAAACAGUUACUUUUUAAAUUCCAUCUACAGUGGCGGAAAAUUGAAUUAUUCAGUUCAGUAUUUCAUUCCAAAUGAAAAUGAUGAAUCAUUUAAAUCCUGCAAAAGAUUCUCCCUCCUCUCAGCCCACGAGGAAAACAGACAUUGUGCGAAAUUUUAAUGAUUUAAAGUGUGCUCACACACACACACACACACACACACACAACUCCUCUCAUACCCUCUGGCAUUUUGUAGUUGACUCUUCAUCUAUUUACCAAGAUUUACAUACAAACACAGACACAAUAUAAAUGAUAAACACAACAACACCAUGUGCAAGUAUUCAGUUGACCAUAUGGAGUAAUGAUGAGU